GAAAAAUCUGGCAUAGAUGACAGCUUGUGAGAACUGCUGCAGCAUACUGUGAAAUGAAAAUUUGAAUCCCCAGUUGAAUGUUUCUCAAGGAAGCGUCAUUAUUACACUGUUUCCAGUACGAUAUCUGAUAUCCAUCGUUUCCAAAGAAGUCUCAUGCCUCAAGGAAGGUCUACAAAUCUUCGAUGUUCUAACGAGACAUUCACCACGACACUACGGCGACAGUAGAUGCUUGUUUUUGUCAGUGCAGUGUUAUAUGUAAUCCAUUUGUUGGGUAUACCGAAUUUCAAAAUAAUGUUCAACUUUCUGAGCAUGCAGAAAAUAAUAGCAGCCAAGUGUUACCAGUGUCCGAACUGUGCAAAAACGUACAAAUAUUCAGCAUCACUAUACAACCACGUGAAGUAUGAGUGUGGCAAGGAGCCAGGUUUUAUGUGCAGUUUCUGUUCCUACAAAACAAAAAGAAAACACAGUCUGAAAGACCACCUUAUCGCUGUGCAUGGAGUGGAACCUGCAAAUUUUAUUUGAAUUGUUAUAUUUUCAUGUAUAAUUUUAUAUCAAGUUACUCGUUAUUCCAAUGAAGUAUACUAUUUUUGUAAAUCCUACACUAUUUACAAUUCACCAUCAACCGUUUUGGUCAUGACAUUGUUUCUAAGUUUCAACUUCGACGGCUAUUAGUAAAUUAAAUUGGACAAAAUCUUCAAAAUCCAGUGUAUCUGGAAAUUUUAUUUAUCUUGAUCGAAUGUGAAUAUACUGAAGAAGCAAGCAACAUACCCUGUAAAAUGGUUUCUGUAUAGUUAACCAUUUUCAAUGUACACCAGUGUGGCUUUUUUAACGGUUUUUGGUGGUUACGUCACAAUGCCGUACGAAAUAAGUAAACAAAUUAAUUAAUGGUAGCAUGUUCCGUAAAGGAAAUUGCCACAGUGCGU